CCGCGACCCGAUCAAGGGUCGAAGUGUUACACCAUCGUUCGUCGUAUCACCAUGUACGCGCCCGUGGACCUGGAGGGGGCCAAACUGCAGCAACCCAAGCCUUCCACGUCCUCCUCCUAUUUGAUGCAACUGAAGCGUGCGCUGUUGGUGCUGGGCGCCAUUGCGCUGGGCCUGACCGUUGGUCUGUUGCUCUUCCGAUUUGUGCGUAGCGACGAUUUCGAUCUCGUGGUCCACUGGCUGCAGACUCACGAGACGAUCGGCGCUGCUCUCUACGUGUGCAGCUUCACGUGCUUCGUGGUGCUGUGUUUUCCGUCCACAGCCUUCGAGCUGCUGGCUGGCUACAUCUUCGGCUUGUGGCUGGGUCUACUGUUGGCUACUACCGGAAAGCUCGUGGGUUCCGUGCUGUCCUACGUCAUCGGCCGUUACCUGUGCCGCCGCCGCGUUCACGCCUACAUGGCUCAGGGCCAUCCGGCACUGCAAGGUUUCCAAAGUCUGUUGCGCAAGCGACAAAUCCUUGUCGUGUUCCUUACGCGCGUAGCUUUCUUCCCUAUUGCAAUCAAGAACUACGGACUCAGCGUGUUGGACGUGCGAUUUCCAGUGUAUUUUGCAGCGGCACUGCUUACAGGGCUCCCGUUCUCCUUCAUUUGGGUCUAUUCGGGACACGCCGUAGAAAACUUUACGGCGUUGCUGGCCAGCCCCGCAGCUUCAAGACAUAGCACCGAGAUGGUCUUGCUGCUUGUAGGGGCAGGCAGUGCCUUGUUGCUGCUGUUUGUGGUGGGACUGUAUACCCGCAAGUAUGUACUGGACUUGGCGGAGGAGGAGAAGGACGCGGACACGACGGCAGCCGACACGCCCAAGCGCACGGACGAUGCCACGGCUUUCGUCAAUGCGGUAUGA